UUAGAGGGACUGAUACUCGGUUUUAUUUUUGUACCCUUUGUUAUAAUACUUGUUAUAAUACUUGGUAGUUGUCUGUGCUCCAGAAUUACAACUUCUUUCCUUAAAAAGCAAACAAAGAAGGAGAGGGAGGUGAGAGCCACGGCCAUCAGUGUGGGGCACUGGUUUCACACUGCUGCAUGGGCUUUUAGUUCAGGGUUAACCUGGGGGAGAAGGAAAGUGUCUUAAUUAACAAAGUGCAAAAUUAUGCAAAAACUGCUGCGUUUCUCUGGCCUUUGCUAAAUAUACAACAGUUCUAGAAGCUUUUCAUUCCCUGAUAUGUAAUGUGGCUUUAGUGCCAUUAUAGAAGUGUCAAAGUGCUGUGCUGCACUCUUCAAUGGAUGGGAGAAUAUCCUUCUGUUGGUAGAAUUUGUUGCUUUGCUGCUUCCUGGUCUCCAGCUAGCAUAAGUACCUCGUCUAGUGAGCUGGUUUAGCUCCAGCAGCAGUUUGUGAAUGCUGUAUCCUUACCAGACGUUUUCCUCUCUUUAUGCCGACGUUGUUCUGCUCUGUUUGUGGAGCAGCAGAGCUCUGAAGUGAGGGAUGAACAGAGAAGAGUGCUUUGUGUCCUGCAGGUGUUGUUCUGCCUCAGCGUGUGCUUGUAAUGCAGGUGGUUUGAGUUGGGAAAGCGUGAGCAGAUUUAGGUGUCCAUUCUUUCAAGGAAGAAUCACAAGCAAAAAGAAAAAUCUGGGGGAGGGAGCUGGUGCUUCUGCUGUUCGUUAAUCCUUCUCUGGAGUCUGGUGACUCACCUGCCCAGUGUGAGUGCAGCUGGGCACAGUGAGCUGAUGGCUGCCUUGUUGUGUGCUUGGAAUAGAGGAGGUUUAUGAAAAGUAGAAAAGUGAAGUGGGAUGGGUAGCUGAAACCAUUGGUCUUUGUCCUGCUGCAUGCAUUUCUGAAGGCUUGAAGGGAAGGGUUGUGAGAGUCAGGAAGCAGAAGCAAGAACUGCUCAGUUCUUCUCUGUGCUGGGCGGUACUUGGAUCUGAAACUCCCAGAUGUAUGUGGAAAUUCUUGUGUAUCCAUGUGAAAGGCCUGGUCCUGCAUUUAGUUUGUGCAUUAGUCAUUCGCUGCUUGUGUACCGUGUUUUAUCUGUAAGUUGCACCCAUAUGCAAAGCAGUAGGCUAACCUUUUGGCAUCACUCACUUCCUUGUUACGUCUUAUCCUUGUUUUUCCUUACAGCCCAGUACUCACCACUAGUCUUCCCUUUUGAAGCAUUUGGAAGCAGCAAUUGAGAGUGGGCUUUAAGAAGAUAGAACCUGUGGGCUUUUUCUGCCUCUGCCAUCAGCUCUUUUGUGCCUGCUUAUUUCAGCCAUAUAUAAUGUCUGCUCCUAGCGGCUUUCCUGCCCCAUCUGCACCACCUUCAUAUGAGGAGACUGUAGGAAUCAAUGUGAACUAUCCUCAUCCCUACCCUGUCCCAGAACCUGGCCUCAGACCAGGUGGGAAGGGAACGAUCCCUCCCCAGGGCCCAGGACAGCCUAUGCCAACAAGUAGCCCUGUUACAGUUCAGACAGUGUAUGUGCACCAACCAGUAGUGGUGUUCUAUGACCGCCCAGUUCAGAUGAGUUGCCCUUCCUGUAACCAGAUGAUCGUGACACGUAUCUGCUACGAGCCAGGAGCAUUGACUUGGCUGUCGUGUGGUGGCCUCUGCCUGCUGGGGUGCAUAGCUGGCUGUUGCUUAAUUCCCUUUUGCAUUGAUGCUCUGAAAGAUGCGGAACACUUCUGUCCAAAUUGCAAUGCCCAUGUUGGUUCUUAUAAGCGUCUAUAGGCAGUGUGUAAGCACUAAGAGUUGAUUAGCACCUCUCUGAGCCCUUACUGAAGCUUAAUGGAGGCUUCAUCUUUUUUUCUGUCUUGUCACUGGAAACCAAUAAAAAUUAAUGUUUGUUGCCAGAUCGUUUGAAGAAGAAUUUGCUAAGAAUUGAUGAUUCUGAUUUAGGUCUUUUUAGGGCUCGAUGGAUUGCUCAGUCCUGCACCAGGUGGUGGCUGCUAAUUGUUUGCCUCUUUCUGCCUUAUGCAAAACAGGUUGGUGAUGUUGGUCCCAUUAAUCUUAACUCAAUUGUGUUGCACACUGUUUGCUUGCUUUACAGUCUUGGCACAGACCACAAGGAGAAUGUCUGUAGAGGACUGUAUAGCCUCGUGCUUGAUGUUGAUGGUAGUGCAACAGCAAAGUUGACAAACUGGCAGCCAGUUGCUUGCCUCUACAUAGGUGCCCCUCUGACGAAGGAAGUAAUUUGGUCCCCAGUCUUAUCAGUUGGGUACUUUUUUAUGAGCACUAAAAUUAACUUCAAAACUUUCUGUGAAAGACAAUCAAACCUAGAGGCUUCUUCCUUCUUGGAAGCUGCAUUACCAAGUGGACAACUCAGGUUAUUGUGCAUCACUGGUGAUUGAAUGUAGUACCUGAAUUUCCUUGCUAAUUUUCAACCUACUUGUAUCUUUACUUUGCAGUAAAGUUACCUACUCAGAAAUAUUUAAUAGAUAUUUCUUCAUUUUUUUUCCUUUUUUACUGCUGAUUUAUUAGACUCAUUUUCCAAAUAAAUGGUGACUUCUGUUCUCAGAAACCUAAGCUAUAUGUGAUCGUGAACACAAAAAUUAAAGUGACACUCUGAAAGUUGAAGAAUUUAAAAAAUGGUAGACAUGGUCUGAAUAUCCUCUGAGUUCAUUCGGGUGACAGCUGUGUGGAGCCAGCAGCUGGGUGUUGGGGCAAGGCUGCAAUGCUAACACUGUGCUCAUCUCUGUAAAGGCUACAAAUAAAUAUGGAUUUUAAAAUGCAUUUAUUGCUUUUUCCUGAUGCGCCUUCUACAAAUAUUUGGUAUAUGGUAACUUUUCAGAAGUCUUUCAGCGCUUCAUUUUUGAAAUCUCAGAGUUCUGUGGGUCACAAAUGCAAUGGCUGGGCCUCAUUAAUUAGUCCUUGUAAACUGCUGUUGCUUGUGGGUCAGCUUGCAGAUGGUUUAAGAGCUUCCAUGUUCAUCUGUCUUUGCAGCUACAGCUGGCAAGGGACUGAUGGAGAGAAAGAAGUGCUUCUUCUGUAGCUUUCUGUUCUGGGUGUGUAUGACUUGCUCACGUUUCCUGUCGGCUGUGCCUCCCCACUGAUGGUUUUGGUGUUCUCUAAGGCUCUGGGUGGUGCUGCUUUGAAGCUUCUUUGAAUUCUCUGAUUAUGCUGUCACUGAUUCUCACAUACACAAAUCGUGCAUUAUUGUAAAGCCAUCUUUUCCCUUGGAUUUCACAAAAACGUCAGUUUACCACCAGAGUAAGACAGGAAGUAAUGAAGCUCCCCCAUAUACGAAGUGCUGGGAAAAUCUGAGGUGGGAGUACCAUGAUUUAGAAGAACCCUGAACAAAACAAAAAAAAUAAAAAA